AUGAACAAUGAUGCUCAUACAUUGAAAUGUUGCCGUAUUUUGAGACAGUUAAGUCCUAGCUCGCGAUGCAAAGAUAUAUUCGAUUACUCUUGGAUGUCUUCCAUUACUGUAGGCGUGAAAUAUUACAGAUUUUCACUCUCCUGGGCGCGAAUCCUUCCUAAAGGUACGGCAGAUAACGUGAACCCCAAAGGUAUAGAAUACUACAACAAAUUGAUUGACGAAUUGUUGAAGAAUGGAAUCAAGCCCAUGGUUACUUUGUACCACUGGGAUUUACCACAAAACCUGGAAGACAUGGGAGGAUGGCUCAACUUCACGAUCAGUGACAUAUUCGGGUAGAUAAAUUUAUCUUGCCUUCAAAAAUUUCCAUAUUGCAACUGCAACUUCACAAAUAGAGCAAUUUCUCACUCUUAUUAACUAUUCCCAAUUUUCUUGACUCUAGUCCCGAUCCUAAUCCUAAUCACAUGUUCAUCUUAACCUAUUAUAUAGCCCGUAUAAAGUGAAUGAAUGAAUGAAUGAAAGACUUUAUUUUACGAGGGUAAAAACUAAACAGUAUAAAACUCAUGAACUAAUUGUGGCCCUCAAUUAUUUAUGGACGGGGAGGGGCUGGGUGACAAACUGGGGGCCUACGAUUUUUUGAAGAAAAGAAGGGACACAAUAGACCUUAUUAAAAAGUCUGUCUUGUGACGUAGUUUUCGGAUAAAUACGAUCAUUUGGCCACUCAGGUAAGGUGAAAUGGCUCUGCGGGGUCAAAAACACUACCGUGACGGCACAAGACAGACUUUAAAAAGGUCUAUUCUGGUAACUUAAAUCCUGAGGGUGACCUGAAAUUGAAGAAGACUAUCUAUAAUCCGAAAUAUUAUUAAACAAUCUUUCAGUUUAAUUGAUAGGUGGUGGGGAACUAAAAAUCUAAAGUUGGGGUCAAAAAGAAAUUUUUUAAAAUUUUCAAAAACCACGCCCCUCCUUCCCAUAAUGAACGCUCCCUAUCCAAUAAUCUAACCCAACCCUUAUCCUAACCCUAUGUAAGCGUAAUCCCAAUCCAGUGUGGCGCCAGGAAUUUUCCAACUAAGGGGCUGAAGUCCCGGAUAGGGAGUUGAGUUCGUACUGACAUUAACUUUUUCUGAACUUUGAGUCUCUGCAGUCUGUUUAGCACCACUACAAAACAUGCUGCUUAAUACAGACGGCUUAUCGACCACGCAUAGGUAGGGUCACCCUAUCGGGCAACGUAGCCCUAGCAGUAGGGUAAACCGUUACCCUUCCGCUUGUUAGAGCAACCGUCCUGAUAGGGUUACCCUACCUCCAUGUAAACAGGCCCUAAAUCUUAAUCUGAUACAUACAAGUCUGAAACUGUGUUCAAGCUUAGUACAAAAAUUCUCAUUCGGGGAUAUCAAUAUGGAUUAAAAACUAAAACUUCGUAUGGUCAUCAUCCGACAUCAGAAAGCCAUUAUUUCAACUCAUUUGGCAAUAUUGUACAAUCAAUCUCAAGUGUGAGAGGCAAUGCUCCAAAUCAGUACCUUUUAUAAUUUUAAGAAAUUUCGAUCACCCCGACCGCUAUUCAAUGUUGUGUCCCAGUUAGCAUAUAUAGCGCCUGGACUGGGAAAACAACAUUGAUGGGGGGGGGGGGGGUAUAAAUGUUUGUUUUAAUUUCUAUAGACAUGGACGAUCUAAAAUUGGAAGUGCCCAAUAACAGCACUUUUGAAAAUGAUUGUAGUUAAUUGGAUGUCAACUCUUCGAUGUUCGCGUUUCGAUACGGAGGGGUUCGGAUUUUACUUCCAAUACCCCUACCACUACCUCUCACAUAUAUCCAACGCAUCUAAUUGGUUAAUGGUAGUACGUGGAAUUGAAAUCUUAACCUCCAUACGAUCAGAGUAAUAACCGAAAACGAAUAAUGUUGAUUUCUUUAUGGCUUUGUAGUGAUUAUGCAAGAGUGUGCUUCAAGAAUUUCGGUGACCGAGUGAAAUUUUGGGCUACUUUGAAUGAACCUUGGGUUUCUGCUGUCAUUGGGUAUGGUAAUGGCAUUCAUGCACCUGGGAUCUCACGGCCUAAAGAUGGAAUGUAUUUAGGUAUACUUCAAUGAUUACAGUCGCCGAUUUCAUAUAUAAUAUUUCUAGCCAAUCUAUGACAUGAAUAUAUGCUUAUGUUUGUAGCGGGUCACACUUUAUUGCUCGCUCAUGGUAAAGCGUGGCAUGUCUACGACAGAGAAUUUCGACAGACACAAAAAGGGAGAGUCUCAAUAGUUUUAAAUUCCGACUAUCAUUUUCCUCAGAAAAACGAGGACGCUUCUUUGAAGGCGGCAAAACGUGGGAUGGAAUGGACCUUGGGUUGGUUUGCAAAUCCAAUUUAUAUCAAUGGAGAUUAUCCUGAAGUGAUGAAAACAUUAAUAGCAAAACACUCCAAAAUUGAAGGAAUUCCAAACAGGUAUAAUAGAUAUAAAGCAUGUGAACUAUGUGAGUAGAUGGGGGUGUCACCUAAUCACCCUAUACUUGCACCUUGCUAAGUCGAAUUGCGAUUCAUUCAUUUCUCAGCGACUUCAAUCCACUUCACCUGCGAAUUGUAGAACAAGCCAAGGGCAUUGUUUCAGGUCAAAAGCUCUAUUUUCUGGACCAUGUAGUGCAGUUAUAAAUAAAUGUCAUAAAUAUCAAACUCUGCGAUAAUACGAUAACGAUUGAAAGUAUAUUGAUGGAGCAUAAGGGUACAUGGGUACCAGUUGGCCUUGAGCAUACGACUAAGAGCUGAGUUUCGGCUUCGAACAAGAGCAUGAGUGAUGAGUGAGCUGUUUCCUUUUAUAGACUUCCGCAGUUUACAGCAGAGGAAAAGAAAAUGUUAAAAGGAACAGCAGAUUUCUUCGGACUCAAUCAUUACACGUCAGUAAUGUGUGGCAACCUGACACACUUUGAUAAUAUUUCCGCCGUUGAUUGGAAUUAUUGGAUUGAUAGUGAGACAUACAACUAUAAGGAUGGAUCAUGGUUAAAAGGUUUGUCAAGUUAAAUAAUAAUCAAUCAGAUCAUUGCCCAGGGUGCAAUGGACUAAAAUACUGAUUUGAUUUGAGGAGACUAAUAAGUAAUAAUUAUAACCUGAAAAGUUUGUGUUGAAAUUUGGCAAUUCUGGUAGUCCAAUGAUAAUGAUUUUCGUAAUCUCUAUAUUUUAUCACUUUCAUUCCGCCGUGAGAUAUUUAAUCCCAUUUUAAAUACUUUCUUUAAUAGUUUCUUCAUUCAAAAAACAAUUUGUAGAACCAAAAAUACAUAAAUACAGGAAUAUUUUAUGUUCCUUAUUUCUAGGGCCUGGCCAAGCUCCUUGCAUGUCAACAUUUCAGGACUACAUCAUGUUCCAAUCGCAUAAAAAAUAGGAUUUAAAUAUACAGGGUGUCCCAAAAAAUGUCCCCUGUCAUAUUUGUUAGUAUUACUUCGCUAUUUUUAAUCAAAGGUUCAAUUUUUUGCAAUUGGUUGAAAAACAAUCAUAUUAUGUUAAUCGUAGCAUUUAUCUCACCAAAAGACUUAACUGUUCGGCUUCUAGAGAUACUUAAGGUGGCGACACCAAUUUUGCAACUCGUCCAAAUUACAGAAAUCAGGUUAAAAAUAAUGCAAACUUUGUAGAAGGAUUUUUAAACCAGUUUCUACCCACCUUUCUGGUCAAAAACAAAAUGAUUUUUAUCUCUAUUAUUAAAGUUUUGUUUCUUGUAGAAAUUAAUAAAAAAAAGAUGAAAAAUCCCUGGCAAAUUGACAAAGGCCUGGGAAAAUGCCUUAAAUUGGGAAAAUGCCUUAAAUUUGCUGUUUUCUGUUCAAUUUGUUCCAUGAAAGAGCAAAUAUUGGGAUUUCAGCACUAGUCUUUCCCCUUUUCUGGGGAUUUGCUUCAUUAUUUUUACAGAAAAUUAAUUCGCGAUUUUGGCUACAACUAAUUACAAGUUUUAGAAAAGAUAUGUAUAGCCAUUUACCAUUAAAAUACUUUAUUGCGUUCUGUAAUAUGUUUAAACCUAAUAUCCACAAUUUGGACAAGUGGCAACAUUGGUGUCACCACCUUAAGUAACUCUAGAAGACGAACGGUUAAAUAUUUUGGUGCGAAAAAAUGCAACGAUUAACGUAAUAUGUGGUUCAUUGAUAAAAAAAAUUUUAAAUUUGAAUAUUCGAUUACAGGUAACGAUGUAGUACCACAAAAUAGGAUAGGGGACAUUUUUUUGGGACACCCUGUAUAUCCUAAUCAAUCCUAUAAACUAAUUUAUACAGGCGCUCCAAACUGGUUGGCUAAAGUUCCACUAGGACUUCGUAAACUACUGUCGUAUAUAAAAGAAAACUAUGGUGACCCUGAAAUUUAUAUCACUGAGAACGGAUGGAGUGAGAAAGGGGAAGAUCAAAGAGUUGGAGAAGCAGCACUGAAUGACACUGAAAGAGUGGGUUACUACACGGACUAUAUUAAUGAAGCACUGAAAGCUACACUGUUAGAUGGUGUCAAUCUCAAAGG